AUGGCAACCAACGGUAACUACACACACCCGGACCAGUUCAAGGACGCUGUCGAACAAACAUCUCCAGGCCCCGCCCCUACGAACGAUGCCGCCGCAUCAUCUGUCAACAACAACAACCUGAGCAAGGAUGAAGUUGGUUGGUAUUUCGUCGAGCAGUACUACACCACUCUGAGCAAGAACCCGGAAAAGCUUCACCUGUUCUAUGGAAAGCGUUCCCAGUUCGUUUACGGAAUGGAGGCUGAGGUUGCCAACGUUUCUGUCGGCAGACAAGACAUUCAGGAGAGAAUUAAGUCGCUUGACUUCCAGAACAGCAAGGUCCGAAUCACAAAUGUCGACUCCCAAGCCUCCUUCGACAACAUCGUCAUCCAGGUUAUCGGCGAAAGCUCCAUCAAGUCAGCUGAGCCCAAGAAGUUCGUUCAGACCUUCGUCCUGGCCCCUCAACCGUCCGGCUACUUCGUCGUCAACGACAUUCUGAGAUACAUUAACGACGAGGACGAUGACGAGGCCGUCCCUGAGGCUGAGGUCCAGCCCGAGGAGCCCGUCGCUGCCGAGGAGCCCGUCGAAGCUGCCCAGCCUGAGGAGGCUCAAGUCGAGGAGACCCCCGAGGAGGAGGAGCCUACCCCGGUCAUUGACCCCAGUGCGGUUGACCAGAAGCUGGAGGAGGUCAGCGCAGCUCCCCAGGAUGUCGCUUCCAACGGCGAUGCCGAGGUCGCUGCCCCCGAGCCUGUCAAGGCCCCCGAGCCCAAGGUUGAGGAGCCCGCCGUUGACCCUGAGGCCGCCGCAAAGGAGAUUGCCGAGGAGGACAUCAAGAUGCCCGAGAAGCCCGCCGAUCCCUCUCCUACCCCCGUCCCGGCUAAGGCUGCCGCCGCCGAGCCCGAGAAGCCUACGCCUGCUCCCGCUCCCGUCCCCAUGAAGCCCAUGUCAUGGGCCAGCCGCGCUGCCGCCGCCGUCGGACCUAAGCCUGUUGUUCCCCUUCCCAAGACCGCCACCCCUCCUGCUCCUGCUCAGGCCAAGGCUCCCGCUCCUGCUGCUGCCGCUCCCCAGCCCGCCGCUGCCCCGGCCGCGAAGGAGCCCGAAGCGCCUGCCGCCAAGGAGUCUUCCCCCUCCGCUGAGUGGCAGUCCGUCGGCGCCGACUCCAAGCGCCAGAACCGCCCGCAGUCCAUCUCCCAGGCCCCCGUCGACAACGGUACACUGGGCUACGUCAAGUACGUCACCGACAAGGUUAAGACCGAGGAGCUUAAGGCAGCCCUCAAUGCCCACGGUGAACUGACCUACUUCGACAUCAACCGUCAGAAGAACUGCGCAUUCGUCGAGUUCGCCAGCCCUGCCGGCUACCAGGCUGCCGUUGCUGCCAACCCCCACGUCGUCAACGGCGAGAACAUCGUUGUCGAGCCCCGCCGCCCCAAGGCUGGUGCCUACGGCGGCUCCAACUACUCCAACACCGGUCCCCGCAACACUGCCGGCCGUGGUCGCGGCGGCUUCGAGGGCAACCGCUCCGGUAGCCAGGGUAACGCCCGCGGGAACUUCUCCGGCGGUCAGGCCCGUGGCCGCGGCAGCGUCCGUGGUCGCGGAGCCUCCCAGGCCGCUGCUUAA